UUUUGAACCAAAAGAGAGAGAGAGAGAUGAAAUUGGUCAUACUACUCUCUUUUCUGGCUCUGUGCCGUGCUCAGCACCUCAAUUUCGAUGGAGCCACCGGAAAGUUGUACUCGCCCAAUUAUCCGGGCAAUUACGAUAAUAAUGGAGAUGUGGUGUACACUAUAACUAUUCCUGUUGGGAAUUACAUUCAUCUGACUUUUUUGGAUUUUCUUACAGAGGACUCUUAUGAUGUGUUGACUAUUGAAAACUCAACAACGGUUUCCGGCGACAAAACCGGAUUCGCGCUCGACAUUCAAGCCUCUCAAGUGACGCUUGUCUUUACCAGCGACUUGACCAACACGUUCCGCGGAUUCCUGAUCCGAUACGACAGUGUGCCGGUAGGAUCCGUGUACAUGCCAACCAACUUGUGCUCGAGCAUCCUGCACAACAGUGAAUUCGAUAUUAUCACCUCGCCAAAUUUCCCGUACAACUACCCGGAUAACAUAUCAUGCGCGUUCCUGAUCAAAGUCUCUGCUGAUCGUUUGAUCUCCUUCCAAUUUGUCGCCUUCAACACAGAGGACGGAUACGAUGUAGUGUCCGUGUACGAUGGAGCGAACACUUCCGCACCGCUUAUUGGACAUUAUUCCGGAAAGAAUAUGCCAGCUCCAAUAACAUCGACGAGCAACACUUUGUACCUGUGCUUCUCCUCAGACUUGGUCACCAAUUUCUCGGGAUUCUCCGGUCUGUAUACCUCAUUUGUCUCGAACAACUUCAAGCGCGGAGUACUACCACAGUCCCUGACAACGGAUUCAGUGGCGAUUCGUCGUGACAAGAACAUUCUCGACUGGCUCAAAAAGAAGGCCGAGGAGAAGAAGCUUAUUGGAGCUGCUGCAGCACCGGUUAUCUCUAUCUAGUAGUCCCCCGAAAUUCUCAAUAUGUAAUGAAUUAUUAUUU